ACACAAUGUCCCGAAAUUUAUCGAAAGAAAGCGUUUAUUUUUUUGCUGUUAAAUAAAUUUAUUUCUGACUUAUUUUUUAUUUAUAUGUUUUUCCAAUGCGUUUACAGAUGUGAAAAAAAUAAAUAAAUACGAUUCUUCUUUUACUUAUUUUACGCUUCUUCUCAAAAUAAAAGGACUUUUCUUACUAUGAGGAAGAGGGGGAAGAAGAUCGAGCAGAUGUAAAAUGGAGUAAAGAAACGCACGGCUAAAAUGCGCGGGCUAAUCACUAAAAACUUAUAAAUGAAAUCAAGACUAACAGAUAUUCCGAAAUAUUUAUAAGUUGACGAAGGUUACAAGUGCCUUUGAUAGUUUAUCACGUGAAUCUUGGCGGUAACUCGAGGAACAUGUCGUUAACCAGGAAACCCAUGCGAUAUGCUCAUCAAGAAGGGCAUACCGAUGUUUGCUACUAUUCGGGCGAGAAAAGAGGACUCGUCACUUGUGGUUGCGAUGGGGAUGUUAGAUCUUGGUUAAAUCUGAUGGAUGAUGAUCCAACCACCAGUUGUAUUUCGGAGCAAGCGAUUACUGCUAUCUCAAAGAAUGGUAAAAUUUAUGUGGGAAAUGACAAUAACACAGUGCAAAUACUUACUUAUCCUGACUUAGAGAAGGAAGGAAUAGUUACUAGAUUUUCAGCACCAGUCUCAGCAUUAGCAACGGCAAAAGAUAGUAGUUUAAUAGUAUCUGGUGCCUGUGAUAUGCGGAUACAAGUUACAAAUAUUAAUACCUCAGAUAGUAUAGAACUAGAGGGUCACGAAGCACCUAUUUUAGGUUUGUCUUUAGAUCCGAAAGAAGAAUUUGUGGCAUCUUCUAGCGCUGAUGGUUCUAUUCGAGUGUGGAAUAUUAAGGAAAAGAGAAUUGUACAUGUUUGGAAUAACGUUGUGCCAAAAUGUAAUUCUUUUUUUACUGCAAAAUCAUAUUGCACACCUUCCUUCAAGUGUACAGAUGGUAGUUUUUUAGCAUAUCCAUUUAAUAAAGAUAUAGUUAUUGUAGAGAGAUUAUCUUGGAAGGAAUUGUAUAGACUGAAAUGUCCUACUUUAAAGGCUGAACUCAGCAUUUGUAAAUUCUCUGAGUGUGGCACGCGUAUCGCCGCUAGUUCGUUGCAUGGAGAGAUAGUUGUAUGGAAUGUCAAAACUAAGGAAAUGAUUGGAUAUCUGGAACAUGAGCAAGAUACCAAAAUCACUGCACUGGUGUGGCACAUAGAUCAUUCGAAUGAAAUUGCAUUCUGCGAUGCAUUAGGAAAAUUAGGAUGCAUUGAUGUGAUAAGCACUAAUAAGUCUGGGAAUGAGAUAACUAAUUCUGAAAAAAAUGAAAAUGUAAUGGAAAAUGAUAUUAUUUUACCAGAUGAUGAUGAUGAUGAUGAUGAAAACGUGAUAUCUCUGAAUAAAAUUAAAGCCUCUGUCAAUUUGGAAGAUGAUCAGAAAAGUCAGUCCGAUGCAGAUUUUGAAAAGCCUCUAUCUGAUGCAAAGACUUUUGUACCGAACGUAAAACUGCAAUCAUCUUUUCAAUCAGGAUCCACACCGUCUCAUUUAUUGUCAUAUUUUAUGAUGUGGAACGAUGUGGGAAUGGUUAGAUGUUUUUCAUCAGAGGAUGGGGAAGAAUGCAGCAUUGAGGUGGAAUUCCAUGAUGUCACUGUUCAUCGCAGCAUACACAUAAAUAAUUAUUUGCGACAUUCUUUAGCUGCUCUAUCUACCCAAGUACUUGCUCUGAGCUGCACAGCCUCUGAAGAUGAUCCCAGUAAAAUUGUCGUGAUAGCUUUGCAAGGUUGGGGUUCUGGAAAUAAAGAAUGGUCUUUAGAUUUACCAGAAGGAGAGGAAAGUGAAUGCUUGGCAGUUGGUGAUAAUUUCGUUGCAGUAGCAACAUCUAGGAGGAAUUUAAGGAUAUUUAUGAUAGGAGGUACGCAGCGUGAAAUUUUAGCUCUGCCUGGACCUGUAGUUACAAUGAAUGGUCUAGGAAAUCAUCUUGUGAUAGCUUAUCAUGCUGGAGUUGGUCCAACGGGUGAUCAAAAUAUAAAUUUAUUAUGGAUACAAAUACAAGGAGUGCAUUUACGUAGUCAAACUUUAACACUUCCACUUUCGCCAAUGUCAGACCUCAUGUGGCUAGGAUUAUCAGAUGCUCGGUCACCCACUACCAUGGAUUCUGACGAUAUUAUUAGAAUAUAUGACAAGAGAGCUUGUCAAUGGAGAGUGCUCUGUGACGCGAAUGCACAGGGAAAAGGUAGAGCGGAUCACUAUUUUAUAAUUGGCGUGAGCGAAUACGAACGGAAUAUGCGGUGUAUUCUCUGCAAAGGUAGUUAUUAUCCACCAACUAUGCCCCGACCGAUAGUUACCGAGGUAUCUCUAUCCGCACCUCUCUGCGAACCGGAAUCUGAGAAAACUGAAAAAGAACGUAAACUGUGGGAGAUAGGAACCAAUAUGUUAGAUGAAACUGAGGCAAUGUUAACUUUAAUAGCGCUUGCCUGUAGAAGCAAUUUGGAAUAUCGUGCAGUAGACAUUUGCGAACAAAUUGCGCCAACAAAAGUGAUAGAUUUAGCCGUACGAUACGCUUUGCGCAUAAAUAAAAUGGCAUUAGCAAAUAAAUUGGAAACAAUCGCAGACACAAAGAUUCGAUUGGAUUCCAAAGAUUCAAAAAGAGAAGACACAGAAAGUCAAGACGCGGGGGAUUCUGCAAACAAUGGUGAUAUUAUCAUUGAUAGUCAAGAAGAAGAUGAAAUAUCUUUACCACCCAUUAAAAAACCGGAGAUAGAAAUUAAGCCAUUAGCCAUGAGUCAAACACUAAAAAGAAUAAAUCCAUUUUUAAAAACCGCAAGUCCAUCUCUAUCGCCAAGAGGUUUAGCUGGUCUGAACAAUUUACCAGAGAAGCCCCAGAAACCUGCAUUAACCAAAGUCGUGCCUGUUAAAUCAAAAUCAAAGACUGAACCUAAGAAAGAGUCUUUCGUUAUAUGGUAUGCUAAAAAUAAAAAGAAUCUGCAGGAAGAAUUUCCUGAAGUGAAUGUUGCCGAAUUAACUAAAAUCGGUUUGACGCGAUACAAAGAGGAGACAGCUCAAUCAAACGCGGACAACGCGGGUGGAUCUUCGGAACUCUUUAAGAAACGAAAAUUAUCGAGCCCAGAUAACGAACACAAUAGCGAAGCAAAACGAUCUGUUAGCAGCAAACUCAGUGAAUUCGCAUUCGACAAGUGCAGAAGUGCGGAAGUCUGAAGCAAGUCAUUUGUUAAAAUGACGAGAGAAUAUUAACGCGAUAAGUGGAUAAUGAUCGGAUAUGAAUUCGUGUCUUUCAAGUGUCGCAGGCGCGCUGCCCCGCGUUUACCCUUCCGCGCCGAUAAGGCAGCGUGGUGGCAAACUUAAGAUCCGUUUUUAGUUUGCUUCGGUCUCUCAGACACUCGGGACCACGGCGAUACGGGACGGCGGAAAUUACGUCGUCGUUGAAAAUAAAUUUCGCGUACGGCGAAGACGGCGGACGUUGUCAGUAAUCGGCCGCACGAUGAAAGGUAAGUCGAUCUCCUCGGACCUUGCAAACCCUACAUGGAAAUUGUUCCCCUUCAACAUUCGGAGAACUCGGCUAAAUAUAUAUUUGGAUGAGUGUGCCGGCAUGCGUACCUUUAACUUGCAUCAUCGCGAUGUGCACGUGUGACGGCAAAGUUUUACGAUGCAUAAUCUCGCGAUGUAUGAGCACUCACGUUCUCAGUUUCAAAUGUAAUUCAUUGCGACAAUACCAAGAGAUUCAUGUAAUUUUGUUCACUGAUUUUUCAUUAUUUUCUUCUUUUUUUUUUUCAGUGGAUAAAACUGAGCACAAAACUUUUCUCCCAUGUGUGCGAUCGGUAUUUCAUUUAAAAUCUAUUUAAACUAAUGUUCUAUUUAAAUUCCAUUUAGAUAAUAAAUUAUUUUAAAAGUUUUAUCGCAAAAUUAUAUAAAUUUGUAAUGAUAAUGAAUAGAUAUAAAUUAAAUCUUAUCCUAAAUAGGUCGCUGUACUAUAUCUCUUUUGACUAUUAUGAUUGUAUCUCUUGCUAUACUGCGCAUCGAAUGACCUUUUUUAACAUUAUUUACGUCAUUUUUGAAUGAUUAUAUGUUGUCUAUUGCAGAAGGAAAUGCAUUAAUUAUUUUUAAAUAAUUCAUUAAUAUGACAUGACACUGUUACACACACACAUCCCAGUUAAUUAUAAAAAUAUAAAUUUCUAUGUCCAAUUAUUAUCAAGAUGAUUUUAUUGCCGAUUAUUUUAUCAAAGAUAAUCUUAAUCUUAUAAGGAGACGUUAUCGCAAAAAAAUAUUUUAUCUUAUCAUAAUAUAUAUUAAUACAAUUCCAUGUGUUUUGCAACGAAAAUAUAGUUAAUUGUUUAACGAUUGAUCAUGUAAUGAUUUUCUUGAUUCGAGAAAGUAGUGAAAAAUGAAACGCGUUACAUUGAGAAAAAUUGGCGCGAAAUUAGUAAUCGCAUUAUUAAUAAUAUUAUUAUAUGUACAGUGUUUUAACGAUGCUGUAUUAAUGAGAUCACUGUUAACUGUGAAAUGCAUCUUGAUUCGUGCUGUUUCAACGAUAAUCAUCGCCCACUUUUCUAAUUUACGAUUUAAAGUACAGCGAAUAAGCUUAUGUGCUCGUUUCAAUUUCGUUGAGCAAAUUGCAUUCACAGUUCUAGCUAAUUAUGCUUUGCGACCACACGUUACAAUGGACAUGUUACGUAAAAAAUGAUAAAUUCGAUGAUAUUUUCACAUUUGUGACAGAAUUCCUCGAAGUUGUUUAGAAGGAUUUAAACUUAUUCUGCAAAGAAUGAACGAGAAGCAAAUGCCAAGAUUUUUUCUUUAUUGCUUAAAGAUCUAUCGUUUUCUUAUAUAUUAAUACACGGUACGAUUCGUAUUUAUAUAUCUCUCGUGUUACGUGAAUUUCUGUACAUUUUCAACACGGUAAACAUUUCUAUAACAUACAUUACAAGGGCAGAAAGAAGGAAACUUCGAUAUGCCUUUAGUUUAAUUAUUGCAAUAUUUAUCAGUGAUAAGUAAAACUUUAAUUUUCUUGAACAAUGUAAACACUUAUUCUUAUUUAUUUUUACACAUAUUGAUAAUCAUCACUUGUUGAUAAUUAUACCGAAGGUUAAAAGAAAACCAUUUUGUCUCUGAAAUACAUUAAACUUAUGCAUAUCGGUUUUCUGACUACAUGAAUAGUCCAAACUUGACAUCCAUGUGUUUCGAUUCGAAUAUUUCAAUUUUUCCUCCGACUCGUCAAAAUUAACUCUGGCAUAAACAGUAAAGUCUUUUAUAAUAUAGUUAAGUAAAAUUGUGUUUAUGUAAACAUAAACAAAAACAAUAUUUAUCAUUUUGUAAUUUUGUAUUUCGUAUCAAUUUUUUAGCCAGUGGAAUAAUUAAAAAAAUAAUUAUUGGUAUCAUUAUGAUUAUCUGCCUCGAUACAAUAUAUUAUUAUAAAUUAGGAUUAGUGAAUGAAUAUGAUUGAACUCUGUUGAUUGUACUCUGUUCCUGUUUUACUUGAUUGAUCAAUUGAUCGAAUAAAUUAGUUUAAUGUAAUUUAUACAUAAAGAUAUGAUCUUUCUCAAUGAAAUAAGAACGAUGUAAAAUUAAGAACAAGGAUGAAGUUUAUCUAUGAUUUACAUAAUAGUAUUUAAAAAUGUAUUUUUUCAAACAGAACAUGACUUCGUUUGAAGCAUAUAGAUAAAGCACGUCGUGCGAGACUUUUACCAAAACAUUUGAAUAUUUAUUUUUAAUUCAUGUAACAAGGUUCUCUGCAAAAGACAUUUGUAACGGUUAUCCGAAGUAUGUGACAAAAUAUUAUAGAUAUUAUGAUAAAUAAAUCCGAAAUAAAAAUCUAACGCAAAUUAUAAAUCA